GAAAAAGAGGAGGAGGAAUAAAAUAGAAGAAUUAUAAUAGUAAGACAAGGAAAAGAAGAGAAUAGGUGAAUAUAAAGUAAAAAUAAAAAAAAAAAAAAAGAAAAUCAUAUACGAAAAAAAACGCGGCAAAGAAUCAAGUAUAUCGAACGAAGAAGAGGAAGAAGAGGAAGUGCGGUGUGAGGUGGUUAACGUUUGUAAAAAAAAAAAAAAAAAAAAAAAGAAAAGAAAAGAGAAUAAAUAUUAGGUGGAUGUAUUUGUGCACACGGAUUCCUCGAGAACGUUCGCGCUUAUGCGUGCAUGAUUAGGGGCUCGGGGCCCUCCGGGCUAAAAAAAGGAGGAGGCUGGCUGGAAAGGUGGAAAGGUGGAGAAAAAUAGUGGUAAAUCCAAGCUCCACCAGGCUGGAGGGUGAAAACGUGGCACCUUUUCUUUGGGAACGACUCGAGCUGGAUCUCGAGGAAAGCAAAGCGUGCGAAAGCAACGAAAGAGGAAAAGAAAGAGGAAGAGGAAGUGGAAGUGGAAGUGGAAGUGGAAGUGGAAGUGGAAGUCGAAGAGGAGAAGAAGGAGGAGGAAGAGGAAGAGAAAGAAGCGAGGAACUAUUAGAGAAAGGUAUAAGAAGAGAAAGAGGAAGAAAAAGAGAAAGGAGAAGAAGAAGAAGAGGAAGAAGAAAAGGUGAAAGAGAAGAUAUAAGAGAAUAAAAUUUGCUACCGGUGGUUGUUAUUUGGCCAACGGAGCAUCGAGAGUAUCGAGAAUCGAAAAUCGAGGGUUGAUGCGCGUCCACGGGUGACACCGAACUCGAGUGCGGGAGAGUCCAACAGACAUGAAUAUAACUUUGGCGACGGAGAUACCCAGCAACGACUACAACGUUAGCAACGGUCUUGACUGCGGCGGGGAGCCAUAUCAGUAUGGGAUAUUGGAAAGAGUUGGGAUAGUGAUUGUAGCGAUCAUCCUGAGUCUCGUUACGGUGAUCGGCAACAUUAUGGUUAUGAUAUCAUUUAAGAUCGACAAGCAAUUACAAACUAUCUCGAAUUACUUUCUAUUCAGUCUCGCGGUAGCCGAUUUCGCGAUAGGUCUGAUAUCUAUGCCAUUAUUCACGGUAUAUACUGUGUUAGGUUAUUGGCCAUUGGGCCCGUAUGUUUGCGACACGUGGCUCGCCCUCGAUUAUCUCGCGAGCAACGCGUCGGUUCUAAAUCUUUUAAUAAUCAGUUUCGAUAGAUAUUUCUCGGUAACGAGACCGCUCACAUACAGGGCAAGAAGGACGACUGUAAAGGCUGCCAUUAUGAUAGGAUGCGCGUGGGGUAUCUCGUUACUUCUUUGGCCGCCUUGGAUUUACGCUUGGCCUUACAUCGAAGGCCAAAGAACUGUGCCAAUCAAUGCCUGCUAUAUUCAGUUCAUCGAAACGAAUCAUUACAUCACAGUCGGCACCGCGAUAGCCGCAUUCUAUGUGCCAGUAACCGUAAUGAUUAUACUUUAUUGGCGAAUAUGGAAGGAAACGGAAAAACGACAAAGGGAUCUGCCGAAUCUACAAGCCGGAAAACAGGAUGCAAGCAAACGCAGUAACUCCAGGUUUGACGAGGCCUUAGAUAUGGACGAUUGCAAGAGACCUCGAAGUGAGUCUAGUAUAGGUGCUGAUGACGUACACGCUCAACAUCUCGCUGCUUCUUACAUCGAGAAACAUUAUCCUGAAUACGCUGGUAAGCACAGGCCGUUUUCGUGGACGUGGCUAAAACUAUGGUGCAUCGCGUGGUGGCACAGUGGUCGCGAAGACGAAGAGGAUGACGAGGAAGUUUGUGGACCGGAAAGCAGUCGUACAGUUCAUGGUUACGAGGACACACUUACGCCAUUGUCCGCGGAAACACCAUUGACAAGCACGGUCUCGAGAUGUGAUUCCCUUAGUGCCAUGCAUUCGACGGCAUUGACCAUCGAAAGGACGAUUGGCACUGGAGAACACGUAGAAUCAAAAAAGCCUGCUCGAUCUGGCGAACUCUCUACGAAAAGCAUCUCUAGCGACUCCGUCUACACGAUCGUGAUAAAUCUUCCAACGAGGGAGAGCAACGGUGGCAGCAAGUACAGCGAAGUACGGCCAAGUAUAAAAAUGUAUCACGAGGAUGCGGUGACCUUUCAGUUACACAGUACGAUAGAAGACGAGGAGACUUUAGCAAGUCCGUCAUCUAUGAUCAGGCGACCUUCACAAAUGCCAGAUAUAAGGAUACCAUUGAACGCAAAGAAUAUACCGAAGACAUUACCUAGUAGCAAAGGUAUACUUAACAAGGAUAAACCUAAUCAAAAGAAGAAGAAGAAGAUACAGGAAAAGAAGGCUGAUAGUAAAGCAGCUAAAACAUUAUCUGCUAUUUUAUUGGCGUUCAUCAUAACAUGGACACCAUAUAACAUUCUCGUUCUCCUUAAAUCUAUCACCGCCUGCACCUGGUACAUACCCCAGCAAUUGUGGGACUUUGUCUAUUACCUUUGCUACAUCAACAGUACUGUGAAUCCAAUGUGUUAUGCUCUGUGCAAUGCGGCCUUCAGAAGGACCUAUAUGAGAAUCCUUGAGUGCAAGUGGCACAGUAGAAACAGAACCGCGGUCGAUAGAGGAUGAUGUCAGUAAAUACGAGUGCUUCGAUAAAACAAAACGAACAAAAGAAAAAAAAAAAAAAGAAAAAAAUGAGAGAGAUAGAGAGAAGAAAGGGGAAAAAGAAAACCCGCUACCCAUCCCUAUAACACCCUAAGUACUUCUUCUCUCUCAAAACCCAUUGUCCUUAAUAUCCACUCCGACACUUAUUUCCUUUCGCCGACAAAGGGAAAAAGAGUUUACAUCGAAGCCUCGUACCGUUCUCUUAUUACUUUUAACCCUUCGCAAUCCACACCCAAUCCCUUCGAUCCCCAUAACCUACCUCUUCUUUCCCACUCCCCGCUACCACCACCCCCCCUCCCUUUGUACCCCAAAAUAACCAGUCCGCGAAUCUUCUUUUUUCUAAUCGUGUUGUUUCUCUUCGAGCGCACGAAUCGAACGAGGAAAUCGAGCUGCUUACUGUUGUUGCUUUUGCUGCUGUUGCCAUUGCAGCAGCUGUAAUUGCUACUUUUGCCCCUGCUAUUCAAUCUUUCGGAGUCCUAAUGGAUAUUUAACAAUUGUAAAACUUGAAGAAUGUAGGAAAGAAACGAAAGAGGAAAACAAAGAGUAAAAAAAAAGGAAAAAGAAAAAGGAAAAAGUAAACAAGUAAAAUAGAGGAAGAAGAAGAAAUCGUAUAAUACGACGAGAUAUAUUCAUCAAACUUUUCAAUUUUUUCUUUUAAACGAAGAACGA